ACCCAGCAUGGCUGACGCGGACAGCCAGAGAUGUGUGAGCGCUUUACUGAACGGAAUCAGACAGAGGCUCUAUCACGGUAAUACCGAGAUCACGGAGGAGCUUUUGAAGAAUGAGCUGUACGCGGAGAUGACGGAGAUGACGCAGAACGAGUUCCGCGCGCUGCAUGACAAGAUGAGGUCGCUUCUGAAGACAUGGAUCAGGCGCAGCUGGAAGCGUUCCUCACGGAGCAGACGUGGAAGCAGGGCGGCAGCGGUGUGACCCUGGAGCAGGCGCUUCUGGAAGGCCCAGGUGUCCCUGGUGGAGCUAGAGCUCGGCCGCGCAGGACAGGUGGUAAGGGCAUCUUCAAGAUGAACGGCAGCUGGAAGACCACCAAGCUGCUGGGAUUGCUGAUGUUAGCCAACAUCCUCAUCUACGUCGUGGUGGAAGUGUCCCGAAGCUACGGGCAGGGCCGAGACAUGUACAGGCGAGGGAAACUGACGCCCAAAAAGUUCUGGAAGACGCCGGAAGUCAGUCUGGCGUUCUGGAAUCGUAUGCAGGACCGGCUCGAUGACAUCUACUACCUGCCACUCGCAAACGGCAGCGAGCCCCCUCCGGACUUUCAGGGAAUCCCACGUUGGCUGAAUCGCACGAGUCCCUGCCAGCCGGACAGCAGGGUGACGACAGAGAUCGAAGACUUUAAGUCCCUACCACAGCGAUUCCAGGACUUCUUGUUGUACAUGGGAUGCAGGUCGUACCCCUUGAUAACGGACGCACCCAACGUGUGUUCUGAACCGCCGUACCUCUUGCUUGCAGUGAAGUCCAUUGCGGCACAUUUCGACCGACGGCAGGCCAUACGGGAAUCAUGGGGACGCGCUGGGAUCCUCGACGGCCGGCGCAUUGUGACGGUGUUCCUACUUGGCAGCAUGGCAGCAACGGAUCACUUCCCGAACUUGUCGGACAUGGUCAAGCACGAAUCGGCGUUGUACGGUGACGUCCUGCAGUGGGAUUAUCGAGACUCGUUCUUCAAUCUCACUUUAAAGGAAGUCCUCUUUCUGGAGUGGUUUGGAACUCAUUGCGCUUCUGCAAAGUAUGUGUUCAAAGGUGACGACGAUGUUUUCGUCAAUACGCAGCAUAUACUGGCUUACCUGGGCAAUGUGUCCAAGACUCAGGACCUUUUUGUUGGCGAUGUGAUCGCCAAUGCAGGACCACACCGGACCAAACACCUCAAGUAUUACAUCCCCGAGAGCGUGUUUCGAGGAAUUUACCCACCGUACGCCGGAGGCGGAGGCUACCUGUAUUCUGGGAAUCUGGGGCUGCGGUUAAGAACGAUCUCGCGUCUGGUCACGUUGUACCCGAUAGACGACGUCUACACUGGGAUGUGUCUGAAGAGACUGGGACUAGUACCAGAGAAACACAUGGGCUUUAAGACCUUUGACAUUGAGGAGAAGCACAGAGAGAAUCCUUGUGCGUACAAAAGUCUGAUUCUGGUCCAUCCCAGGAGCCCACAGGACAUGAUAAAGAUCUGGUCUUGGAUUAAUGACCCAAAAGCGGAAUGUUACAUCGCGCCUACAACGAAGGGUGCAGUGCGACGCAACAAAAUCAAAUAGAACCCAAUGACAGGAAAACUGAAGCCCUGUUCGAUUAUUGAUGUACAGCUUACAAAAAAGUGUUCCCAUUAAGUUAUAAAAACUCUAUUUCUGAAUGUUCUGCAUUACCCGCGGUACGGAAAUAAUGAGUAAUAAUACAUUAAAAUAAUAUGGGAAGAAACACCAGUUUGCAAUAUCAAGCAGCACAACAAGCUGUUUUGUAAAGCUAUAAACAGCUGGAAGGAAAUGACACCCAUAAAACAACAAGCCAGACCUAUAAAAUUUACAAAUGGCCGAGCCCGCGCUUAUGGAAGAAACAGUAUGAAAAAGAUUUAUUCUUGCUUACGCAAUCAUUAAGGGAACAUUCCACUGAAUCAAAUGUCAUAGGAAUGUUUAUUUUUGAAUGCUCUUUGAACAUUCUAAAAGAAGUUGUAACAUUUAAAAAACAUUAGAUGGAACUUCCAGUUUAAACAUUACAGUAAGUAAGUUCAGUGAAUGAGCUAAUGUUUCCGUGCUAACGUUCUGAGAUCAUCAAUAAAGCCCAGAGAACUUUAGACAAAUGUUCUACUGUAUGCAUGUUACUGGAAGAACAUUUGAGAGAACCUUGCUAGAACAUUCUGAGAACAUUCCCUGUCAGCUGGGACAUACUUACACACAUUCUUUCACUUUGAUGCAAUGAAUCACGUUUAUUUACUCAAAAUGAGUUUUAUAUGGUGCACUAUGAUGCAUCUUGACAAAAAAUCAGGGUGCAUUUUCAUAAUAGAAAGAGCGAGUCUAAUAUGUUUGUGUAUUGUUAUGUUGUUGUUUUAAUUUAUAUGUGCACAUUGGUGUGUGGAAGACUAUGGCUGAGCUGUUUCUCUUGCAUUAAACCUCUAUAUUCUCAGGAA